AUGGCCGGCGCCGCGGCGAUGGCCUCCUUAGCCACGGUGGCGGAGGCGUGGCUCGACCUCGACCUCCACGGGUCGACGGCCCUGCUCCCGCGCCGGUUGUGGCCGUCGUCGUCGGGCGGCGGCGGCGCCGAGCUGUUCCCGUUCCCGCUGCUUGUCUGGCUGUGGCCGGCGUCGGGCGGCGAGGCGCUGCGGGCCGCGUGGGACGCGGCGCGCGCGGCGGCCGUGGCGCCGGCGCUGGACGCCGCGUCGUGGGUCUGCCUGGCCCUGUCGGCCAUGCUCCUCGCGGACGCCGUGUUCCUGGCCGCCGCCAGCGCUCUGGCGCGGCGGAGGAGGCCGUACCGGGCGCCGGGCCCCAUUAUUGCUGGCCCCACCGCCGAGGAGGAGGACGGGGACGAGGAGGCUGGCCGCAGCGUCGGCUACCCCAUGGUGCUGGUCCAAAUCCCCAUGUACAACGAGCGAGAGGUGUACAAGCUAUCCAUUGGAGCAGCAUGCGGGAUGUCGUGGCCGUCGGAUAGGGUCAUCGUACAGGUUCUCGACGAUUCCACUGAUCCGACGGUUAAGGAUCUGGUGGAGCUUGAAUGCAAGUUUUGGGCUAACAAAGGCAAGAACGUGAGAUACGAGGUGAGGAACAAUCGGAAAGGUUACAAGGCGGGUGCGCUGAAACAAGGGAUGCUCUAUGAGUACGUUCAACAGUGUGAUUUUGUCGCUGUGUUUGAUGCUGAUUUCCAACCAGAACCUGACUUCCUCAUGAGGACCGUCCCAUAUCUUGUUCAUAAUCCACAAAUUGGUCUUGUUCAAGCGCGGUGGGAAUUUGUUAAUCCCAAUGAAGUCCUGAUGACAAGGAUACAAAAGAUGACAUUAGAUUAUCACUUCAAAGUAGAGCAGGAAGCAGGUUCAUCCAUCUUUGGCUUCUUUGGUUUUAACGGAACUGCUGGUGUCUGGAGAAUUUCUUCUAUCAAGGAAGCCGGGGGCUGGGAGGAUCGAACCACCGUGGAAGACAUGGAUUUAGCAGUCAGAGCAGCUCUGAAAGGAUGGAAAUUCAUCUACGUUGGGGAUGUUAAGGUAAAAAGUGAACUGCCAAGCAAUCUGAAGGCAUAUCGCCGGCAACAACAUCGGUGGACAUGUGGGGCAGCAAAUUUAUUCCGGAAGACGGGAGCGGAAAUUAUUCUGACUAAGGAGGUGUCGCUUUGGAGGAAGCUCUAUUUGAUCUACAGCUUCUUUUUCAUUAGGAAGGUUGUUGCCCAUGUGGUACCUUUCAUGCUCUACUGUGUAGUAAUUCCUUUGUCUGUCCUAAUUCCUGAGGUCACUGUUCCUGUAUGGGGGGUGGUUUAUAUCCCAACAACGAUAACGCUCCUUUACGCCAUCAGAAGUCCAAGUUCUAUCCAUUUCAUACCAUUCUGGAUCCUUUUUGAGAAUGUGAUGUCUUUUCACCGAACAAAGGCGACAUUCAUCGGUUUGCUCGAGCUUGGGAGUGUAAACGAGUGGGUUGUCACAGAGAAGCUUGGUAAUUCAAACGGCACCAAGUCCGAGCCACAAAUACUUGAAAAGCCUCGCUGCAGGUUUUGGGACAGAUGCACCAUAUCAGAGAUUUUAGUUGCCAUCUUCCUCUUCUUCUGUGCCACAUACAACUUGGUUUUAGGAGACGACUUCUAUUUCGUUUACAUAUAUUUACAGGCAAUAACAUUUCUUAUUGCUGGCACCGGUUUCUGCGGAACAUCCAGCUCCAACUCAUAA